CCUGACCCCAUUAGGGAAGAAGGGUGUAAGAAAAUGGAUGGAUGGAUAUGAUAGAACCAACGGAGCAGAGUUGAGUUUAGGAAUAAACAGGCGGGUCAGACGAGAUCAGGGACGGGUCUGGUUGUUGUCUGAGUUGAACAGACGGCUGCACGGAUUACCUUAGUGGCAAAGGUCAGCAGAGGUUCCAGACUGAACCCAUUAACUGCCUGUUGUUCCUGUCUGGGUCUGGUUCUGAGAGAAAGUCCAACCAGGUUCUUAACGUGGCGCUCAUGAAUCCGUAAGGUGACUGGAGCUUGAUUCUAAAAUCUUUAAUAAAACGCCCAGGAGAUCUAUUUGCUCUGAAACAUCUGAGGAGAUUUCAUUCAGCCAACAACAUGAAAACCUGAAGCCUGCAGCUCUGCAGGACCAGAACCUGAACCAACAAAACCUGGCUGUGUGAUGAAUGCUCCUGUUUGCUCUGUUGCAUCUCGUAGCGUCUCUAAAGCUACUACAGAAUAAUCCCAGCAGCUACUACUAAUCUCACUACUACUACAGAGCUGCAGCUGCUUCCUGGCAGCAGGGAAACCAUCAGAUUAAAACUGGUUUCUAAUCUGCUUCUGCACAGCAACUCGGAAAUAGACAAACUUCAGGAAGUCUGAGCCUGACAGGAGCUGCAGUCAGCUUUCAACUUUCAUCACAAAGGAACCAACUAAGAACAGACGUCAGCGUUAAAGUUGAAGUGUAACCAGUAUGAUAACUGUGUUGAGUGAAGUCCAGGGUUCUGUGACCUGGGUCGUCUCUGAAUGAUGGUUCUGAUGGACCAGGUGGCUGAGACAUGGCGGUCCAAACAGAACAAGAGGAGGAACCAAUGCGACCAGUAAGGGCUGCUGUGGAAGCCAUGGUGGAGCUGAGGUCGGUACCGGCCCAGCGGGGGAGCAGAGGCCGUGACAGUUGCCUUCAGAAAGCCACUAACAGGAUGACGCCUGCCUGCAGGGCCACGGGGUGAAGCAGGAUUACGUCUGAGCAGCAGAUAAACUGAUUAUUCCAGAACCACCGGCCACUCGUUUAACCUCAUCACUCCUGCCACACGUCCAGCUCUGGGAGCGGAACGCCGCUCUGCUCCUCGAUUCACCUGUUGGCUCUUCAUCUGCGCUCCGACUCGUCUCCCUCCACGCCUGGCGGACGGCUCCCAUGAACUUCCUCUGAACGAGACCGCCGCGUCGUUUCUGGUCACAUUUCAGAGGCUCAUCAGCGCCACCAUGCUUCAGGCUGCUGGACUCCUGCUGCUGCUGGCCGUCACGUCACCAGCAGCUGGAAUCACAGGUGGUGGCACGGCGGCACACAGCGUGGAGUCUGGAGGAUCGCUGCGUCUGGCUGACCUGCUGACAUCAUCCAGCAAAACUUCAGCUUGGGAGCCGAGCCGGCACCGAUCCCGGCGGUCGGUGUUUCUGCAGCCUGGAGUGAGAAUCUGCUCCCAGGAGAGCGUUGACGAAGUUCUGGCCAGCCACCAGGCCUACUACCAACUCAGAGUCUGUCAGGAGGCCGUGUGGGAAGCUUUCCGGAUCUUCCUGGACAGAAUUCCCGGGACGUGGGAAUACCAGGCGUGGGUCCGCAGCUGCCAGCAGGAGGCGCUCUGCAUCUCUGACAUCGCCAGGAACUUCAGCAGCUCCGAGGAGCACAUCGGCCUGAUCCACAGGAGGAUGAAGAACCGCAGAGAGAGACGACCAGAGACACGAGCGGUGACUCCAGCAGCAGAGCAGAAGAUCCCAGAACUCCCAGGUUCUGCAGCUCCGCCCAGCACGUCUUCAUCGCCUCCACCUGCCAUCAUCUUCAUCACCUCUGCUGCCCCGCCCACUCCGGCCAUGGACCGCACCGGACCGGCUGGACCCGACCAAGAGGACCCGGAGCAGCCCAACCUGGUUCCCGAGGGCCCCGAGGUCCACAUGGUGCAGUUCAGCAUCAGCCUGCUGGACCCGGGCUACAAGCAGCUGCUGGGCGAGCCGGACUCACCGGAGUACCUGGACCUGGCCACGCACCUGCAGGACCAGAUGCGGCUCGUCUUUGACCGAGUGUCGGGCUUCAAGGCCGUCAGCGUUCUGGGGAUCCGUGAGCUGCUGGAACCUGGCAGGGCUGAAGGGAUCUCGGUCCACUACUCUGUGGUCUUUGAGAACAACAUCCAUCAUGCAACUUCAGAGACAACCAGAGAGCCAGAGGCCUCUGCUGACUCUGGACUCAGAGAUAUGUUGGUCAAGGCUUUACAGGAGAAAGCUUCUCUGCCAGUCGACCUGGACUCCCUGAACUUCCAGCCAGAAGUGAUGACCCUGCCAACACCAACAUCAGCUGCAACUGAAGAGAUGGAUGAGCCCAGUCAACCUGAUUCCCACAAUGAGUUUAAAGUCUUCACCCCUGAGCCAGAGGUGAAUGAACUUCAUCCUCCUCUCACCCCGAAGGAGAAGAAAAAUGAUCUUGUGACCCUGCUGGACUCUACUGCUGUCUCACAUGGUGAGAUGAUCGCGGUGACUGAUGGGAUGAUGCUGAUCAUUGAUGAUCCCCCGGCUUUAGAGGACAUUAUUGAUAAUUCAGAAGAAAUUUACAUGAUUGAACCAGAGCUGUUGAGCCACGAACAAGAGGAAGAGGAAUUGCUCAUCAUCACACAUGAGAUUGAAACCAUUCAUCAGGAUGAAAUGGGGGAACUUGUGCGCGUCUAUAUCCCAACCCCAACGCUGCCUCUUCAGAGGGAGGCGGACAAUCCAUUUAUCACUUCGUCUCGCAACCUGAUAUCAGAGGAAGACCUCAGACCUGUUGAAAAGGAGGGAGAAAGUCCUGUGUUUAAACCAACAGCUCUGAUUUUAUUCACAGCAGCCAUUGCCAAUAAGGAGCUGUCUGAAAUCACAACUCCAAGUUUCAAAUCUGCAGACCUCACAGACCAGCCAGCAUUGAUCCCUAAAAAGGAAGAAGACAUCAAUACUCUUCCAGAUGAAGAAAAGGUAGAUUUAGGUUUUUCAAAACCUGAACCAAGUGACGUUCUGGACCAAGAAUCACAGGAUGUUAGAAGUUUGCAAACUGAAGUAGAACUGCUAGAGCCAGAAGAAGAUCCAGUUAUUCUGGAGGUUUUAAGGCCAAACCUUGAGAAAGUAGAAGUCUCAGAACCAGGUGAAGUUGCAAUGGAAAUGUCAGAGUCAGGUGAAGCAACAUUUGAAGUCUCAGUGCCAGAUAAAGAAGAAAAGCCAUCAGAGUCUAUCAUGGAAGUAGUUGAAGUUUCAAAUCCAGCCACAACACCUGACACUUCAGAGACAGAAGCACCUGAAGUUUCAGAGCCACACCAAGAAGUUCAACAAGUUUUACAAAUGGACAUAGAAGUAGUGGAUGUUUCAAUGCAAGAAAAAGAUUCAACUAAAGCAUCAGAGACAAAGAAAGAGUCGGUUGUCAAAAGUCAGGACGAAGUUACAGAGCCAGAGCCAGAAAUUCUGGUUCAUGUUCCAGAGAAGGACCUUGAAACAUUUAAAGAACCAGAAGAACCGCGUCCAGAGACAGGCUCUGAAGAUACCAAACCUGAGGUUUUCACAGAGCAAAGUGUAGAAGACAAUGUCAACAUUUUACAACCAGAUAAAGGAAUAGUUGAAAUUACAGAACUAAAAGAAGAGCAGAGAGAAAAAGUCAUUGAGGUGUCACUUUCAAUUCCUGAACCAGAGGAAAAUCUGGUGGAGGUCUCAGAAAAAGAGGAAGAGGAAGAGGUGGUGCUUGUUGGCUCCAAAGAUGAAAAUGUUUUAGAGAGACCAGGUCAUGAGGUUCUGAAAGAAAUAUUACCUGAAGUCCCUGAAGAAAAGGGUCCUGAUGUAACAGAGGAAAGGGUUCCCAUAUUUAUGGAGGACAGAGUUGCUGAAGACACCAAGGAAACCAUUCCCAAGGUCACCGAGGAAGAGAGAGUUCCCAAACAUAUAGAAGAUAAGGUUCCUGAACACUCAGAAGAAAGUGUUACUAAAGUUAUACAGGACAUGGUCCCUGAAGAUACUGAGGAAACUGUGUUCAAAAUUACAGAACAAAAGGUUCCCAAGGUUACAGAGGAAAACAUCAACAUGGGUGGAAUUGCUGAUAGAAUUUCUGAACCAGAGGAAGCAGUUCCUGAGUUGGAUAGAGAAGAGGUUAGAGAGAAAUCCGUCCAUGUGGUGAAGCUUCAAACAGAAGAUGUCACUGAAAUUCCUAAUGCAGAUUUUGAGGAUGGAAAGGUUGUAGUUGCCUCCCUUGAUGAGAGGCCAGUGGACAUUGCACAGCCAGAACCUUCUUCACAAACAGAAGAGAAGACUGAAGCCACAGAUGAAUCAAAAAGUCCAGGACUGGAGACAGUUUCAGAACCAGACAAAGACCGAUUUGACUUUUUACCAGACUUACCUAAAGGUCUAGAACCAGAACCAGAAGAGGAGGUCGGAGAGCCAGAACCAAAGAGAGAUUCUGUGGAACCAGCUAUUGCGUCAAUCAAAAUCCUCCAGACUUCGAAAAGCAUGGAAGAACUUCACUACAGAGAGGAUAGUAUUCAGGCAGUGGGGGAAAAUCCACUGGAUUUUUCUGAUGAACUCAACCCAUCAGUGGAAGAUAAUCUACCCAUCAUACCAGGACUCCUCCAUCCACCUGAGGAAAAAGCACCUAACCGCAUCUACCCAAUCACAGAGGACGUUGACACCAAGGACAACAUUGACACCAAGGAGCACAUUGAUAGAACCAACAUAGAGGUGGAGAGAGAAGCCAGUGCCUUCAGAACACCAGAACCUGUCCAGACUGAUCUACCCACUGAAGCAGCAACAUCUGUCCCAGCUGCAACAGCUGCAGAGCCAGAGGCUCAGUCAGAGGAUAUUGGAGUGACUGAUAAAUCUUCAUCAAAGACACAAGAAGAAGAAAUGUUUGUAACUCAUAGCCCAGUCUCAGAAGCCCUCCAUCCACCUCCAUCUGCUGUCGACCUGGUUCAAGUACCGACAUCUGGUCCGACUGAGGACUCUGGGCCCUUUGAGUUAACAGAGGACAGAACUGAACCAGAACAACCUGUUCCCCCGGUGGAAACGGCAGACCCUGAAAGCCUCACCGCCUCUCCAGGGGGGGAGGAGUUUUCUGAGUACGUGGACCAGAGUAACACUCUCAGUAAGGAGUCAGUGGACCCUGGCAGUGAUCUGACCUCUGCAGCAGAGGAAAAUGCCGCUCCGCUAAGGUACUUGACCACGCCCACCAUGACCACUGCCAGCAACAGGCAGGAACUGGUGGUGUUCUUCAGCCUGCGCCUCACCAACAUGGACUUCUCUGAAGACCUUUUCAACAACACCUCAGCAGAGUACAGAGCCCUGGAGAACACUCUUCUAGACAUGCUGCUGCCGUACCUGCAGGCCAACCUGACGGGCUUCAGGAACCUGGAGAUCCUGAACUUCAGGAAGGGCAGCGUGGUCGUCAACAGCAAGAUGCGCUUCUCCCGCUCCGUUCCCUACAACGUCACUGAGGCCGUCCGCUGCCUGCUGGAGCGCUUCUGCUCCGCCGCCAGGAGGCUGCAGAUUGACCGCAGCUCGCUGGACGUGGAGCCAGCUGAUCGGGCCGAUCCGUGCCGGUUCCUGGCCUGCAGCGCCUCGUCCCGCUGUGUGGUCGACCACCAGACCCAGGAGGCUCGGUGCCUCUGCGAACCAGGCUUCCUGGCCCACCAGAACCAGUCUUGUCAGAGUGUCUGCGAGCUGCAGCCCGAGUUCUGCCCAGACGGGGAUUGUUUUGUGGUUCCAGGCCGAGGAGCCGAGUGCAGACCCAGAAGCGGAUCUCAGCGGUCCGGCCCGACCAGAUAGGAAGACAUGUUGGAUCGGACAGGAACAGAGAAUGUGAAUAGACUCGUCAGAGCUUCAGAGGAUCAGCAUCGACCCGACUGAAUCGGGUCAGAACCGACGAGCCCGUCUGAUGGAUUGGGACAUCGGGUCUGCAGCUGGUCGACUUCAACUGAAGGUCCAUCACCACUGGGUUUAGACCCGGACUUUGACUAGGUCAUCGCAGAACCUUGAUUGCCUUGUUUUCAGCCGUUCUGACCCGGUUCUGCUGCUUUUGGGAUCUGAGUUCUGUUGGCGACCCAGAUGAAGACCAGACAGUGUUCUGUCCCGAGACAUGGACCUUCAAAGUUUGAGAAAAACUUUCUCUUCCACAUCCCACUUCCUGGAGAACCGACCUUAAACUCCGUUGGACACGACCUGGACAGCCAUCACCCCGGAGACGACCCUAGCGACGACCCCGGACUCAGCCCAUCACCCUCUAGGACAGGGCUGGGCAACUCCAGGCCUGGAGGGCCGGUGUCCUGCAACUGUUAGAUGCGUCUCUACUUCAACACACCUGAGUCAAUUAAUGAGGCGAUUAGCAGAACUCCGGAGGACCCGACGACCGGUUCUACCCGACGACCGGUUCUCCGGAGGACCCGACGACCGGUUCUACCCGACGACCGGUUCUCCGGAGGACCCGACGACCGGUUCUACCCGACGACCGGUUCUCCGGAGGACCCGACGACCGGUUCUACCCGACGACCGGUUCUCCGGAGGACCCGACGACCGGUUCUCCGGAGGACCCGACGACCGGUUCUACCCGACGACCGGUUCUCCGGAGGACCCGACGACCGGUUCUACCCGACGACCGGUUCUCCGACGACCGGUUCUCCGGAGGACCCGACUACACUGAGGAGGAGAUUCGGCUGUUGGAUUCAGGUGUGUUGGACCAGGGAGACACCGGCCCUCCAGGACCAGGACUGCCCACCUCUGCUCUAGGAACUUAAUAGUAUUUAGGGUAACAUCCGAUCCAACUAGGACAAGAGGUCGAAGGUCAGGAUGCUGAUUCACCAAGGCACUGGACCCAAAGAUUUACAGGAAGCUCAGCGUGAAUAUUACCUGGGAUGUUAAAGGUCACUGUAUCUGAUAAACGCAACAGGGGCUGCGCAGCCGCCGUCUAGGGAACAAACUGGACUGAUUCCACCCAAUGACUUCCUGUCUGAGCUGCAACGAUUCGAGUUAUUUAGCCUGUCAGACAAAAUAAACGAAGGUUCUCUUUU